GGUGUGGUGUGGGUGAGCAGGGAUCCCGUGGCUGACGCAGACGGAGAGAGAGAGAGGGGAAAGGAUGAGAUCAUGCUCAGGGCAUUACGUCACAAGGGUCUGUGGCUUGCGUCUGCCUUCUCAUCGAUCGAUGCGGCGAAGCGAAUGGCAAUGAAAAGGGAUAUAAGAGAUGGAUGCCUACCAGUGUUCAAGCGAUUGAGGUCUUUUUCAAAAAGACAAUCAGAAGUCCAGGUUGCAUCGACUAAGAGAAAGGUCGUGCACAACUACCAAGCUACAAAAGUACACACACAAAAGCAUCAACAGAUACUCAACCCUUUCCCCCAGGCCCUCAACCAACCAAAAAAAAAAUGUCGAACCAGAACAACGGUGGUCUCCUCGGCGGUGUAGUCGGCGGCCUCGACAACGUGCUCACCGGCGGCGAGAAGGCCAACGGCCAGGGCGGCCUGCUCGGCGGUGUCGGCAGCGCCCUCAACAACACGACGCAGGGCGUCGGCAGCGCCCUGAACGACACGACCCGCGGCGUGGGCAACGCGGUCGGGCAGACCACCCAGGGCGUCGGCAGUGCGGUCGGCCAGACCACCCAGGGUGUUGGCAACGCCGUGGGCGGCGCGACCAGCGGGCUUGGAAACGCUGUUGGUGGUGCCACGGGCGGCCAGCAGCAGGGCCAGAAGAAGUCUGGCUUUGGCAGCUACGGCAUUUGAAAAAAACAAAUUGGGAUGCAAGAAUAUGUAUGAUUAAUGAAAACAUAUAACUACGACGUUACGAAAUAUUGGAUUUUGAUUGAAGUUGUUUCUUG